AUGGGCACAGUGAAGGAGGAAGUUGCCGCCCAAGAAGCGACAAUGCGGGCAGAGCCUCCAAUGGUAGACGACGAGUCUGAAUCGUACUCCGACGGUGGACUGCAAGCGUGGCUGGUGGUCUUAGGGUCGUGGUGCGCUGCCCUCCCUUCGUUCGGCCUAAUGAAUACCACUGGUGUUUUCGCGGAUUGGAUUGCAACGCAUCAGCUGCACGAGUCCUCCCGCGGCGCCGUGUCGUGGAUUUUCAGCGUUCAUGUUUUCUUCCUAUUGAUCGGUGGUAUGCAGGUUGGGCCUAUAUUUGAUCGUUAUGGGCCGAAGCAGCUCCUUGUCCUAGGCACCAUUGGCCUCACAACCGCUGUGAUGUCCUUCAGCGUCUCGAAGGAAUACUACCAAUUCAUGCUCAGCUUCGGCGUUCUCGGUGGCAUCUCUGCAUCCAUGAUCUUCACCCCCAGUGUCUCCGUCAUAACUCACUGGUUUCACAAACGCCGCGCUCUCGCAACAGGCAUCAUCGCCACGGCCGGAAGUAUCGGUGGGAUCAUCUUCCCGCAGAUCUUCAACGCUCUCGCCCCGAAAGUCGGGUUUGGCUGGGCAAUUCGCACUCUCGGCUUCAUCACUCUAGUCUUCUGCAGCACCGGAGCUCUCCUCCAGAAAUCACGCCUAGAGCCCAAAAAGGGGACUCGGAAGACUGUCGACUUCCGAGUUCUCCGCGAGAUCCCGUUUACCCUGACCACCGCAGCGAUCGUUUUUGCCGACAUUGGUGCGCUCAUCCCGGUCACCUACCUCACCUCGUACGCACGCGCAAACUCGAUGGGAAUCGAGCAAGCCUACAGUCUGAUGUCCAUUCUGAACGCAGCCUCCGUCCUCGGCCGGUUGAUGCCCGCCUAUGCAGCCGACCGAUACGGUCGCUUCAACGCCAUGGUCGUGACGACCGCCAUCUCAGCAAUCUUGACCAUUUCGCUCUGGCUGAAGAGUGGAUCCAACCAUGCAGCCAUCAUUAGUUAUACUGCACUCUUCGGGUUCUGGAGCGGCUCGGCAAUAGGCCUGAGUCCCGUCUGUGUCGCACAGAUUUCCAAAACAGUGGACUUUGGGAAGCGGUAUGGUACCGCUUAUGCUUUUGUCAGCGUGGGAGUGCUUGUGUCGUUGCCAAUUGCAGGACAGAUUCUCAAGGCGCAGACGCAUGAGGGCAAGGAAGAAUAUUGGGGAUUGAUCGUGUUUUGCGGGGUGGCCUAUGGGCUUUCGGCGGCCUUCUUUGCGUUGGCGAGAGGUUCCCAGACCGGAUGGAAGGUCAAAAGGGUCUUUUAA